CCUCUGGCAGAUCUGGUACUGCAGUAAACUCACUGUAGAGGUGUCAGCAUUUACUCAGACUCCUCACUGCUUACAAUCACAGGCUUACUCACACAAGAGGGAACACAAACAGCUCAUUUUGGGAUCAUUGCAAAUUGGGCAUCAAGGUCUAUUGCAGCAUCAGCCAAAAGGAUUUAACUCAGAGCUGUGGGAAAUCUGUCCAGUGUUGUCCCAGCUUGCAGAGAUGUGACUCUAUACUGUGCCUGAGACCAAAAGCCCCUGCACAGCCUGCAAAGCACACAUCUAUCUAAACAUGAAAACCCACCCAGCUGUUAUCCUACUCUUCUUUUUCGUGAUUGGCUAUGGCUCAACUGAAAAUUCUACCACAUCAAGGGGUUGUGGACUGGACAUCUUCCCACGCUACGUAUAUCUUUGCGAUCUGGAUGCCAUUUGGGGGAUAGUGGUGGAGGCAGUUGCUGGAGCAGGUGUGCUUACAACCUUGCUGCUAAUGUUGAUCUUACUGGUAAGACUUCCAUUCAUCACAGAAAAAGAGAAGAAAAGUCCACUGGGAAUACAUUUCCUCUUUCUUCUUGGAACUCUGGGACUGUUUGGCUUGGCCUUUGCGUUCAUCAUACAAGAAGAUGAAGCAAUCUGUUCCAGUAGAAGGUUCUUGUGGGGGGUCCUCUUUUCACUGUGCUUCUCAUGCCUACUUGCACAAGGCUGGAGGAUUCGUAGGCUUGUCCGGCAUGGCAAGAGUCCUUCAGGGUGGCAUCUUGUUGGAAUGGUCAUAUGUCUCAUGUUGGUUCAAGUCAUUAUUGCUACUGAGUGGAUUGUCUUGACAGUCGUCAGAGAUAAGAAGAUGGCUUGCAGCUAUGAGCCAAUGGAUUUUGUCAUGGUUUUAAUCUACGUCAUGUUUCUCAUGGUUGUUACCUUGGGUCUCUCCCUUUUUACACUGUGUGGAAAGUUUCAGAAAUGGAAAAAAAAUGGAAUAUGCCUUAUUAUUACAACUUUUCUUUCUGUUUUAAUUUGGGUAGCUUGGAUGACUAUGUACCUUUUUGGCAACAAUGAGCUGAAGAGAAAAGACCAGUGGAAUGAUCCUACUUUAGCCAUUGCUCUGAUAUCAAGUGGAUGGGUGUUUCUUAUUUUCCACGCAAUCAUAGAGGUCCAUUGUACCAUUCUGCCAGCACCACAAGAGAACACUACUAAUUAUUUUGAUACCUCGCAGCCUCGGAUGCGAGAAACACCUUUUGAAGAAGAUAUCCAGUUACCCCGUAGCUACAUGGAGAAUAAAGCUUUUUCUAUGGAUGAACAUAAUGCAGCCAUGAGGUCUGGGGGAUUUCGCAAUGGUAGUUUAGGGAGCAGACCCAGCGCCCCCUUCAGGAGCAACGUGUACCAGCCUACUGAGAUGGCCGUGGUGCUGAACGGUGGAACAGACAUCCUGCAGUUCAUUUUGAAUCAGAAGGACGGAGCAAAGAGCCAGGUUUGAAGAUGAGCUGAAUAUUUGGGGUGUACUGCAGGGCUUAUAAUAUCGCACUGGCCAGAACGAAGAAUGCAAAGAUCACAUGAAGAGGGGGGAAAAAAUCAUAUUAGAAUAAAUACAAACUGACCUUUUCAGGUAUUUUACUACAAACCCAUUUUGAUUGGGUUUUUAACAGUUGUAAACUGAUUGAGCAUGUUCCUAAUAUGUCUUGUAAAGCACAAACAUUUGAUAUUGCGUCAUUACAUGGAAAAAGUAUGUAUACAUACUGUAUCUUAAAACAGACUGGCUGUAACGUUAAUACACUCUAUUAGGUAUAGGAGCCAGAUGUACUAACAUGGAGAAACUUUUAAAAUGUACCAGUUGAUUGGAGCCAGCGAUUUUGUAUCAACAUUUACUGGGAAUUAGGGACAUUGCUGCGGCAAGAAGCACAAAGUGUUUCAUCCCUCUGAGAUGUCAUUGGCUCCUAGUACAUGGAUAAGUUGCAUAUCCAAUAAUAGUUCUGUAUACAACAUGGCUGCCUCCACAGAGUGUGAUGAGUACACUUUAAGUGUAGAUAAGUAAUAUAUUAUAGUCCAUUACUUGGGUGUUGGCCAUUAUGUAUCUCUAUAUUCAGAGUACUAGUUCGGAUACCCACCAUUUGUGAGAUACCACCCACUUCAUCUGGUCAGCUUCCCCCCCAGAAGAUGGAGAUGAAAUUCUAAUUUCAGGGCUCCGCAACCUCAUAAGUAGAGCAAACACUCCUCUGCUAGUUGGGAUAAAGGGAUUGUCUGAACCAAGUUAUGUCUGAUUGUUAUUCUAAAAGUGAAAGGAAGCACAAUUUUGUUGUACAUGAGUACAUGUUUUAUUACUGGUAAUAUAAUAACAAAAUAUCACGUAAUAUAGCAUAUUUAGAGAAAUAAAUAUAUUUUUUGUUCAUUGUAGCUUUGGUUUUGGAAACAUAAAAUGUAACGGACAAACUGGUUAUCUCAUAUGAUGAUACUUUAAUGGCAGGAAUCCCUCAUACGAUAAAGGUCCACUAGGUUAUUCCUGUAAACAUCAGUUUAAAUAGUUUCACUUUGCCACCAAUUUUUCCUCAAGAAACACAGAUUAUGGGGGAUAUUCAGUUACCCGGACAUGCUGUCGGGUGUAAUGUAUCGCUGGGGGGGGGGGUAUCUAAUUAGCCCCGAUAAGCCGGCGCGUGCCGCGGUUUAUCUGGGAUUUUGUUUCACCUGCCUCCGGCAGGCGAAGCAAAAUCCCAGAUAACAGCCCCGUUUUCAUCCGAAAAUGGGGCUAUUUCACCCGAAAACACACAGGUUUCAAUCAAAUAGCCCGAACGCAAAACCCGAAGAAACAUCAGGGGUUUUUAGUCCCGAUGUCUCAUAGGGGAUAAUUGAAUAUCCCCCUAAGGAUCUGGGGAAUAAUAAUUUAGUGAAGAUAUUUACAAAAGGUCCUUAUAAUUUGAUUAUACAUGCCACAGUUACAUGUGUCUUUAAAAGAAGCAGAAUAAGUGCUCAUUAAGCAAGUAUCAGGGAUCCUGGUUAGAUCAUUCAGGUUUACCUAUCGCCUACAUAGGAGGACCAUUUUUGCAGCCACUUGUUCCAAGUGAAUUAAUAUACUGUAUUCGCAAUGGCUGUCUUUUCUGUGGUAAAAUUAGGAGGCCAAUUACUGUUUCAGGAUGCACCACCACAAGGGGGGACACAGACCUAGAUAAUAAGAAACAGAGGAGCUACAUGGCUUUUGCUAGUCUUGCACAAGCUACUGUAUGUACAACUAGUCAUGCUUGCAUAAUAAUUUAAAUCAGACACAUAUGUCUGGACUAAAAAGGCUUGUUGGUGAUGAGAGCCCAAGCAACUGUGGAUAGUUUGCAGUCUGCCUAUAUAUGACCGGCUGCGGGAGGUUUAGGAUGACUGCUUUGGAGCCUGCAAUUAUGGCCAAGAGAUGGACCACACUGGCUCUGGGUACUACAAAGGAGUCUUCUUUAUCAAAAUUAUUUUAAUUGGUUAUUAGAGAAGCAAAGUGCAGGAGUGAGGCAGCAGGUAAGCCGGCAGCUAAACUGUAGGUUUCUACCAUCAUUGGUGCUGCCUCAGAGGCUCAUCUCUAAUACCAAUAACAUCAUGUUGGCGUGUAAAGUCUGCUUGCAGUACAUGAAUCCAGCAUGAACGCACUCAGAGCAUAAUUCAGACCUAAUUGCUGUUGUGCAAAAUCGCACAGCGGACGAUUAUGGAACAACUGCUCAUGUGUACGGAUCGUAAUGCGCAGGCGCGAGGCCAAACUGCAAAAAAAUACGACUUUUUUUAUCACUAAGUGAUUGACAGGAAGCGUACGUUUGGGGGUGGUAACUGGCCGUUUUGUGGGAAAGCCUGGAAAAACGCAGGCUUUCCCAAGCAUUUUCAGGGAGGGUGUGUGACGUCAGCUCCGGUCCCGAUCAGCCUGUUUCUGUCGCACUGUAAUGGUAAGUCCUCGGCUACACAUAGACUGCACAGACUGGAAAAAUCAUUCGAUGGCGAGUGAGUUGCGAAUGGAUUUGCAGCCGACUGGCAUUUGCAAAGCUUUUCGCACGGCAUAUGCAGACUUGCACGGGGCGGUAUUUCACUCUGUCUGGCCGGCGACUAGCCGAUCACAAACCUCUGCAAAUUCGCAGGGAAGCGAUCAGGUCUGAAUUAGGCCCUCAGUUAUUACUACUGACUGAUCAUUUGGCAGGGGAUGCGGUCAAGAUGCCGCCGGCCGGAAUCCCGGCGGUCGAAAUACCGACGCCGGAAUACUGACCGCCACAAUCCCGACAUAUUCUCCCUCCGUGGGUGUCCACGACACCCAUAGAGGGAGAAUAUAAUAGUGUGCCGAGCGUAGCGAGGCGAGCCCGCAAGGGGCUGCGUUCCGCUCGCCACCCCUGUCGGGAUUGUGUGGUCGGGAUUCCGGCGUCGGUAUUUCGAUCGCCGGGAUUCCGGCCGGCGGCAUUUAGUACUGAUCCCUUUGGCAGUACUGGGGGGGCAGAUAUAACAUGUGCAGAGAGAGUUAGGUUUGGGUGGGGUGUGUUCAAACUGAAAUCUAAACUGCAGUGUAAAAAUAAAGCAGCCAGUAUUUACCCUGCACAGAAACAAUAUAACCCACCCAAAUCUAACUCUCUCUCUGCACGUUGUAUCUGCCCCCCUCUGCAGUGCACAUGGUUUUGCCCAUUUAACAAAUCUGCUGUCAGAUCUGAAUUAGGUCCAUUGUGCAGUGUAGGCAAUGGCCUGAUUUAGAGGUGGACGCAGUGUCUAUGUUGUAUGCAGUGGAGUGAUAUCUAGGCACUGUGCUUGUGUAUACAUCUCACUGUUCGUUCAUGUUCCGCAAUGAUCUUGCAAUGGUGGUUGCUGUGAGGAUUUAUUUGCAAAGUGAUUGACAAUCAGGGAGUGUUUAUGGGAGUAACACGGGGGGAGUGGCGGCUCAAGUGCAGGUGUGUUGCAGCUGCUUCGGGGGCAUGUCUGCGAUUCCAUAUGCAGUACAGAUGGCUCUGAUAUCUUACUUCUGAUGGCCAUGCUGCACGAUUAUAGGCUUUCUCAAAAGGCUGAUGAUCAACUAAUGUACGUUUGAUGGUCGCGUCUUCACACACAAGCAUCUUAAUAGAAAUCCCGGUGGCUGCCACAUUUGCAUGUCUUUGCACAGCCUCUGCGUACGGAAUCGCAGCUGCAACGGGAUUUGCGCUCAUCUCUAAAUCAGGCCCAAUGUCCUCAGAGCUUUCAGUAAUGUUUCAUAGUACACGUCUCAUUUAUAGAGCCACCCUCUGUCAUAGAAUACAGGCUUUUGUUGGCACCAUGCACGAUUCCAGAUCCUAUAAGGUGCAACAUACUGCUUGCUAAGUCAAUAUAAAGAGAUCAUCUGGUUUAUAAUGAUACAGGAAAGGGUAUAUUUGAUUUGGUAAAGCAGAUGUCUAGAGUAAUGUGUACUAGAUAUACAACUUGUGCAAUGUGCACACAUACAGCAUGCCUUCUAUCCAUUGACCACUGUUACUAACUAAGCCUCAGACUGAGUGGUGUCUACGAUUGGUAAGUUUCAGACCAGUUUCUGCUCUGGUUCUUGCACUUUUCUUGACUUGUGACACUUUCUAGCCAAUUAGGUUUAAAACACCGUAGGGCAUUAUUAAUUAGGAAUGCCCUAGGGUUUUUUAAACCUAAUUGGCUGCAACAGGGAGUAUGUAUGGGCCCAAAAUAAAUGCCACUCCACAUAAGGAUGUAUAAGAUAUCGAACUGAAUGAUGACAGCAUCUGACUUCAUACGUGGCUACUGUCAGAAUGCACUUAUGGCGCCCAACCAGAUCUAUCAGAAGUGGCCACCCAUGUAUGACUGAAAUUGGCCUCUUGGCAGUCAGAUCAGUCUAUGUUUCGGCACAUUUAGGGUAGUAGAAUUCAAUCUUUAGUAUUAGUAAAAUGCAAAACUUGCUUGCCAGGAAGUUGGUGUAUGACCUUCCCGCUAUGUCACACAUCCUGUGAUAUCACUACUGGCCCAAUAUCCCCACUUGCAUAGACCCAAAACAGGAACUGUGCCCAGCAAUGGUUGAAUUGCAAUCUUUCCAAUAACUGUUCAGUUAAUCCAGAUUUGAUCUAAUUUAGCCAUCCACAUGUGUGCCAAACUGGGACAGUGACCCUAUCCCUUGCAGCUGUUUCCAGGAUAAGCUUACUGUUUGCCUAACUUUAGUUGUACUAUUAUGUACUAUUAUGUUGCAAUUUUUGGGCAGAGGGAGCAGCGAUACUUUCACUUGAACUGAAACUUAAAUAAGCACAGUGUUUGCUUUAGGGUUUUUUAUAAUUACUUAUUAUUACUUUCUCAACUAAUUACUAAGUAUAGUGGCGCUGCUAUAAAGACGAAAUAAAAAAUAAAAAUGAAUAAUUAUAUAGCCAUCUUAAUGUACUGGCACACAGUGCAGCUGCUCAGUGUAGUGCCCCACAAUUCUAGGGGCCUCCGAGCAGGAGCGGGUGGUGGUCACACAAUCAGCGGUAAGGCAGCAUUUUCUACCUGCCUUGCAGCCUGUAGCCAGAUAGUGAAUGGCUGCCAGCAUACUGAUUGGUGGAUGGCUGGAUCUGUCCACCAAGCACAGCGCUGACAGCCAUUCCCUGCAAGACGGCAGGAGGGCCAUGUUAUGAUUUUAUUUUUUAAAUUGGUUCUCAGUGAAUGGGUGUGUAGGGGCGUGAGUGCAUUGCUUUGCCCAGGCCCUACAAUGCUGUUAAGAUGGCCCUGACACAGCUAAGUCUCAUACUUCUCAAACACUAUGAGAUUUCCCAGAAAGGGGGAGCUAUGUAUAAUAUUCUGAAUAACUAGAAAUGUUUUUUUUACCAUUUAUUAUGACAUAUCAUGAAAUGCCUUAGAAACAGGGCUGUAAUUAGGGGUGUGCGAGCAGUGGUGUCGCACUGGGCGCAGGGCCCUGGGGUCAACACUCUGUAGCCAGUAGCGCUACUGCUGAGCCGCCUGGAGCAUUCCUUGGAGGCACCCUGCAGCGUGUGGAGCUGAUGGCAGUGUUCUAUUUCCCAGAGCCAUGGCCCUGCCCCCUAGUUGUGACACCAUAAUGUCAUGGGUUUAGGGGGCGGGGCCCGGCACAGGACACAAAUGGCACCGCACAAAGGGGGUCAUUCAAAGUUGAUUGCAGCAGCAAAUUUGUUAGCAG